AUGUCACAACCCAAUCUCAAUGAACGCAUUCAAGUUGACACAAGCGAUGACGACUCUCUCUUUGAAAUCCAAACCGUGUCAGGCUCAAACUUUUCCUUUGCCUCAUCCGUCCGCGACUAUUACUACGAAAACGGCCGACGCUACCAUGCCUACCGUCAUGGCCAAUACCCCUUCCCGAACGACCAAGAAGAACAAGACCGCUUAGCACUUACGCACCACCUCUUCAAACUACUCACGGGCGGGGAUCUACACCGCGCACCAAUACGUCACUCCAAUCCGCGGCAUAUUUUAGACAUCGGUACCGGCUCUGGCGAAUGGGCCCUGGAAAUGGCCGAAAACUACCCGCAAGCGGAUAUCAUGGGCACCGAUCUCAGCCCUAUCCAGCCGAACUGGGCACCGCCCAAUUGCCGCUUCUUCAUUGAUGAUGCCGAGAGUGAUUGGACUUUCUCGCCCGGUGAGACAUUCGACUAUAUCCAUGCGAGGACUUUGGCCGGUGGAAUUGGGGAUUGGCCGAGGCUGCUGAAGCAGGCUUAUCAGCAUCUUAAACCGGGUGGCUGGUUUGAAGCGCAGGAGUUUGAGAGCUGUCUGUGCUCUGACGAUGGGACUCACGAACGCGCUACGUCUGUUAAUAACUGGGCGGAAUUGUUGACUCAGUCUAGUAAGAAGUUUGGGAAGCCAAUGGAUGUUGCAGCGAAGAUUGCGCAGUGGAUGGUUGGGCAGGGGUUUGCAAAUGUCACCGAUGAUAGUCCGGUUGGUGGCUGGCCCAAGAACCGCCGCUACAAAGAGAUCGGUCGCAUCGCCAAGGUGUCUACCAUGGAAAUUAUCGAGCCCUACUCGCUGGCUCUCUUCACCCGUGUCCUGGGGCUUUCGUAUCAGGAUGCACAGGAGCACAUGGAGAGGGCGCGGGCGGAGCUGAUGAGCAAUUCGCAUCAUCUCUAUGUGCGUUUUCACUUUGUCUACGGCCAGCGGCCUUUCGACGAUGAUUACACUGGGUCCGAGGCAUCUUCAGACGUGGGACUGUGA